GUUUCGUUCGCUUGAUGCCUUGCUGGUUUUGCGCUACCGUUGCGCUGUUUCGCUACUCCUUCCGAUUCCCGACUGAGGAGGAUUUACGUUUCAAGCGGGCACUGCUGAGUAGCGUUCCGGUGACGAUAGAUGUGCGUGUAGUGCUCAUGUUUGUUUUCAAUUAGCAAUAUCGGUGCGUCGGUGACUGUGACUGCUACCGGUGGACACUUUCAUUGAAAUUUGGAAAGCUGUGUACAUGAUUGCUGCGUUUAAUCAAACAAACAGACAGUAAAAUUGUUUAAGGAGAUUUUGAACAAGGGAUUGGAAAAAAAUUCGUAUGUGCCUAUGCUAACAAAGCUAGUAGAAAAAUGUUUUGCUGAAGAAGAAAAGCAUACUGUUCUAACAUGAGGAUAAUAGUUGCGCUGCAAAUUUUACAUGAACUGUGACUUGUGUUUGUGAAUUAUUAGUAUAAAAUCCAAUUUUGUGAUUCAGAAUUAUUCAGAUUUGCUGAUAACCCCCACCGACGGGUUUUUCGAUUACAGCAAGUACCCCAUAAGUACUCUCGGUGCAGCAGAAGAAAUGCCACACACCGGUCAAGCAGGUGUCAAUCAACUCGGAGGCGUUUUCGUCAACGGCAGACCCCUACCGGACAUUGUUCGUCGGCGGAUAGUGGAACUAGCACUGAUGGGUGUUCGACCCUGUGACAUUUCCCGACAGCUUCUGGUAUCCCACGGUUGUGUAUCAAAAAUCCUCACCCGGUUCUACGAAACCGGCUCAAUUCGACCGGGGUCGAUUGGGGGCAGCAAAACUAAGCAAGUUGCCACCCCGACGGUAGUGAAGAAAAUUCUACGUUUCAAACAGGAAAAUCCGGGCAUGUUUGCGUGGGAAAUUCGCGACCAACUACUCGCCCAACGGAUAUGUGAUCCCAACACGAUACCGUCGGUUAGUUCCGUCAAUCGGAUACUCCGAAAUGGUGGUCUCUGGACGGAUGAUAUGACGUCAAAUGAGCAAAUGAUGCGUGACUCAUCCCACUCUUCAUCUUACAUGACGUCCAAAUCAAUGACACACCCGCUCUCGUACAGUCAAACUCUGGAGCAACACCAUGCCCUGCUCACCCAGUACCGCUACAACAUGGCAUCGGCAGUGUCCCCCGGUGGCAAACCAAUCCAUCCCCAUCCCUAUCCGCCAAACCAGAUGGGCGGAAACCCACCGGUUCAGAAAACGGCGGCCGUGAACAUCAUCCAACACGAAGGGAUAACUCCAACCAAAACGGAUCCUGCCAAACACCAGUUACCGGUGCAAGUUUCUCCCAAGGACGAAUCGAAAAGCGAACCAUCAUCCUCGGCAAGCACACCAGCGACGCUAUCGUCCCAGAUGUCGUACCUGCCGAAGCACUGGAUCUGGAAUACCAGUUUGUUCUACGCGGCAAAUCGAGGAGUGGUGGCUGGAGCUGACUCGACGGCAGCCGCUUUCCCGCAUGGGUACUUCACCUAUGCUAAUCCUUUUGCCUCAUCGGGAGGAUUCAGCAUUCAGCGGGACGGGUACAGAAAUGAUGGCACAAGUUCUAACACCAGUUCAUCGCCAGUGCAAAUCACCGACGUAAAUUCGGAUGACUCGUCGGAUAAUCAUGACGAUCUUAGAUCAAGCAUGUCGAAGAAGCGCAAUCCGUACUCGAUUGAAGAGUUGCUCAAAAAACCCGAAAAACGCCAAAAACUUGAUUCAGUAACGAUAACCUGUGUGUCGCAGCAGAACCGUGACGAUUUCCACUCCCCAUCGACUUCGCCCUCGAAAUCGGCCUCACCUCCGUUGUCCCACUAUCCCGUCGUUUCGACCGAGGGAUGCCUGAUCAAGUCCAAAUCGGAUAGCGUCAGCGAGAACAGUGUGAAUAUUGAAAUAUGUGAUUAAGCAAGCUGUACAUUCCCUUACUUGCCAUCUAAUCCUUAGUGUCUGUUAAACUAGUGUCGUACGUACUGUUAUCUUAGGAGAAUCUCUCUGUACAUAGCGCUAUCAUUAUCAUUAGUCCUAAUUGCCUAGAAUAAGUCUAAUUUAUUAACAAAAAUUCUUGAAGAAAACACUAAACGUACUGUUCAUGAAGCGUCAUCCUCUGAAAAGACUCGUCUAGAGAUAGUAAGAAAAGAGUAGCAAUCAGAAAAGAAUGAUUUGAAAGCAAACUAAUUGUUCCAAUAAACAGCCGAA